AUGAACAAAAAAUGUGAAGAAAUAAAAUUAAACUAUUAUACAUGUUUAAAUGGUAGCAAGAGAAACCCAAGCAAGUGCAGUGAUAUAGAAGCCGAAUUGAGGGAAUGUUCCAAAACAACCGGCGAGUCUUACUGCAUAAACGAAAUUAAUAACCUUAUGAAUUGCUCCAGGCUUCCGGAUCCCACAAUUUGUGCUAAGGAGUUUUUUCUUUUCAGAGAAUGUAACAGGCCAGAUGGACCACACAUGCAAAUUGAAGACGGUAAAUAUGUAAUCGCGAAAGAACAUUUGGAAAAAUACAACGUGAACAGUGCAACCAUAGGACCUGUAGAUGCACCAGAAAGGAACAACACCAAGACAGCAGAAUUUCUAGAAAAGAUGAAAGAAACUUUACACUUAAAAAAUUUUAAGGAAAAAUUCGUUGCAUAUAAAUGGUGA